UUCAUCACUAUCAUUUUUGACAUUCGCAACGACAUUUGAAAAUUGAGACGAAAUAUUGAAAACAAACCGAAAAAAAUAAAUAAACGAGUCAACAUGAAGGUAACUCCAAAAAAAAUCUCAACGUGGAACUGGCACGGAUGCCACACUUCGACAACGUGAACCACGCAAGGAAGAACCGCAGGAUGACAACGAGGGUCCGUUGCCAAUGCUCGAUAUAGACGACGAUAUGGAAUCUGAGCUGCCCAUUCGAGGACGUCCUUCCAAGAAACUACUGCUGCAGAAGCAGCAACAACGCGCACAGUACAAUGUCAAACUACAGCCUGAGCUGAAGACUGUCUCUGCCGUUGCCAACAUAUCUAUGGCAGCGGGCUCAGCACGCUCCAAAGCCAAACGUUCUCUCUAUAAGAAGGGAGCCAAUAGCGGCACCUCGCAAAAGUCUCACGGCGAAUCUUUUGUAAUGCGUCUGUUCGAACGUAGCCUGGAUCUGGCCAAGUACAAGGAAAAGACGCCGCUGUAUCCCAUUUGUCGUGCUUGGAUGGCCAACCAGCCGCGUAAUCCAAACGUGGCUGUCUACAACACAGAUGGCAGCAUACCCAAUGUAAAGCGCGAGGAUGAUGCCGAAGAAAUACUGGCCAAACUGCAAAGUGGCGAACUCAAGGUGCUUAAGCAGAUGCCGCAAGCCCGCAAAACUGAUUUACCGCUCAUUCCACCGUCGCUUCCAGUUAAGAAAAGUAAUGAUGCUGCCCAAUUGAAGGGAGCGAGCAAGGAGGAGCUGCUGGCUUCGAACGUCUCCCACUGGAAGGGAGUACGCAAUCAUUGGCUGAAGCAUACGCGUAAAUAUCAGCAGGAACGUUACGAGAUCAUUGAUCAGAUAAUGGCAACGAUUUGCAAGCCAAUCGAAUGAAUUACAAAAAUAAAUGCGUUUCUCAUUUGAAUAAA